GUGAGGCCUCAGGGAGUACAGGACAGGGCUUUGUUGUGCUACCUCACUACCUCCAUCUGUUCCACACAAGUGCCGGAGUGUUGCCAAGAAAGUGCCUGAGUGUGUGAACCAUUAACUGUGUGACUGUGGACUGGUGGGGUACACCUUGACUCACUGACUGCCACACUGCUGCAUCCUAUUGAGGUGUACAAGGGAACUGUCAAGUGGAAGCUUCUGUUGUAAGUGUAGCAGGGAGGGAAGCACGAGUGAGUGAGCCAGACAGACAGACAGACAGACAUCUCGGGGGCCACCAGGAGCCAUAGUAAUGAACCUGAAGUGACCCUGGAUAACACCACCGACCACUAGAGCUGCUGUCGCCAUCAUUACCUCUUAGCCACACCACCACCACCUCCUCCUGGCCCUCCACCACUCCUUCCUAGUCCACCACCACCACCACCUCUCUCCUCAUGGCCCUUCAAAUGAAUGUUUCGGGCAUUCGCCGCAACCUCAAGAACAUUGCUCACAACUACACAGAUGCCCAGAUCAAAGUGCGGGAGGCCACCAGCAAUGAUCCGUGGGGGCCGUCGUCCACCCUCAUGUCGGAGGUGGCGGACCUCACCUACAACGUGGUGGCCUUCACAGAGAUCAUGCAGAUGAUUUGGAAGCGACUCAACGAUCACGGCCGCAACUGGAGGCACGUGUACAAGGCGCUGGUGCUGCUGGAGUACCUCAUCAAGACUGGCAGUGAGAAGGUUGCGGACCAGUGCAAGGAGAACAUAUUUGCCAUCGAGACCUUGAAGGACUUCCAGUACUUUGAGGAGAACAAAGACCAAGGCAUGAAUGUGCGGGAGAAGGCCAAGGCGCUAGUCACCCUACUCAAGGAUGAGGAGCGCCUCCGCAAUGAGCGGGUGCGCGCCCUCAAGGCCAAGGAGAGGUUUGCACAGAGUGUGUCUGGCAUCGGCAGCGACAGUAAGAGUGAACGCAACCAGGCAGAGGAGCUGACCAUCGUGUGUGAUGGAGAUAAGGAUAUAAGCUCUCCCACUAGUCCCACUUACCAUGAUACCUUCGUCACCAGCACAAGUCGCCCAUCGGAGCGUAACGCCUUCGGUAUCAAGGACGGCCCCUCAGGUCUGGAGCCGCAGCUUGAAGCAGCCAGGCCCCAAACUGUUGGAGAGGAGGAGUUGCAGCUACAGCUUGCCCUGGCCAUGAGCAAGGAGGAGGCCGAGCAGGAGGAGCAGAAGAAACGCUCAGAUGAUGUGCGGCUGCAGAUGGCCAUAACACAGAGUGAGGAGGACUUCAAGGAGUGCAGGAGGACACAGACAGAAGACGAGUCCGCCAUGAAUGACCUUUUAGAUAUCAAUUUUAAUCCCCAUAGCGGGGUCAACGGAGGGGGUGCCCGCCCUGCCUCUACCCCACCCUCCACCGUUACCCUCGACCCCUGGGGAAUGCCAACGUCCAAUGCCACCGCCUCUGCCACCUCAGCCUCCCCGCAGCACACGGCACACAUCAAGAGUUUGCCUGGUGUAGACUUCUCACCACCACCUCCCCCUGUACCGCCACUCCCUUCCUCCACCUCCUUCCCCACAACUUUUUCCGAAGGCUCUGAUGUCACACUCAGGCACUCCAAUCCUCCACUUUUAAAUUCCUCACCUCUGCUUUUUGCCACCCCAAGGCAGAACCGCUCCUCUACCCCUUCUCCAAACCCUUUCCACGACUCACCCUCCGUUCCUCGCCCUACGUCCCUUCUUGUCACUUCCUCUUCUGCCUCUGCUUCUGCCACACUUCCCAACCGGCAUUCUCUCUUCCCUCCGUCACCUUCCUCUUAUGCAUCCUUGCUUGAGUCACCUCUUUCCUCACGCCUUGCCACACCCUCCACCACACAGCCAGCGAAGCCUAUUAGUCUCUCCUCAGCUGCUAGUCCUUGGGGUCCUGUGCAGACAGACCCCUGGGGCAUGGCUCUUCCCAAUGGUGGCUCAGAAACACCCAACCAGCCUGACCCAUGGGGCUCCCCGGUGUCUGGUCCGCCCUCACGCAUGACGUCCCCACCCACCACUGAUCCCUGGGCCCCUGCCAGAUCUCCAGAGCCACCCAUGGGAGGUAUUUGUGGCAACGAUCCAUGGGCAGUGCUGGGGAGUGUGCCCCCCGCCAAGGACCCCUGGGAGCCCGUGGAGAAUAAGCCACCGCCCUCCAGGGACCCAUUCUCGCCCCUCACCCCCACAGACAACAGGGACAUGGAUGAGUUCACCGCCUUGUCCACCAGGGAGAAGCCAACCAACAAUGGUUCCUCUGAUGCCUUUGACCUGAGUGGCUUGAGUGCAUCAGUGACAGACAUCACCAGCAUCUCCACCACCAAGGCACCGCCACAGAAGUCCAAGUCCCCUGCAGCCUUCCUGGGGGAGAACUCCAACCUGGUGAACCUGGAUAACCUGGUGUCAGCCAAGCAAGCCCCCACUGGGCUAGGCACCACCUUCUCCCCUCUGCCCUCCUCCAACUCUUCCUUCAUCAACAACCUCAACAACAACAACCUCAACACCACCAACAAUCCAUUCGCUACAGCCAGCCUCCCGCCCUCGUCUUUUACAGGUGUGAACCCCUUCAGCUCCCCCAGCCCCCCCAACCCCUUCCAGGCGCAGCAGGCUCCCAAGCCCUCCAUGAACCAGCUCAGAACCACCGCCAUUGGGAGUGUAGGCCUUUCUGGGGUGCCACCCCCCUCAGGGUCCACCCCAGGACCCUGGGGUCCCACCCCUGCCCAGCCCUCAGAAGAAAACCCCUUCCUUUUAUAAUGGAGAGGGUUUCAGGUCCUGCACGCUUUGCCACUUUUUUCUUUUCUUUUUUUCAUUUUCUUUUUUUUUAUGUGUAGGUAUAGAUUAAAUUUUUAUUUCCAAUUUGUAAAUAAGCAUUGUAGAUGUACUCUUUAUAUCACACUAAUUUGUACAGGGUGUGUGUGUGUGUGUGUCUGUGUGCAUGUAUGUUUGUGUGCGCUCACAUGCGCCUGUGCACCAUCAUGCACUUCUGCGUGCAUGUGUGUGUGUGUGUGUGUGUGUGUGUGUGUGUGUGUGUGUGUGUGUGAGGCUGCAUGCAUGUGUGCGUGUAUGUGGCCAGCCAGGCAGGUAAUGGCCUGGUGCAUGGCCAUUGUGUGGUCAGCCAGGCAGGGAGUGGCCUGGUUCAUGGCCAGUGUGUGGCCAGCCAGGCAGGGAAUGGCCUGGUGUGUGGCCGGCUAGGCAAUGGGCAGGUGUGUGGCUAGCCAGGCUGUGGCCAUUCAGGGUCAGAAGUGUGGCUAGCCAGGCAGCCUCUUAACACCCCUUGUGUCCUCACUUUAUGCUAGUUUCUUAAAUAUUCAAACUCUUGUGCAAAUAUAUUUCCUGAGAAUUUGUAAUAGGUGAAAAUUGUAUGCAAUAUUGCCUCUUCUAUUUAUUAUUAUAAGAGUACUUUUAUAGCAAGUCCAAGAGUAGUGUAAGAAAGUAACUUAUUUAUACUGUAUAUUUUACAAAUGUUUAACUUCCUGUCAUAUUUGAACAGUUGCAUAUCAUUGAAUAUUUGCGCCAUGAACAAUUGACAGCACUGCAUUGAAGCUGACUUCUUGCCUGUGUUCAGUUCCUGUGCAUGUAGGCAAGUAGUGGUCUGAGGAGGGAGGGAGAAGCAGUGAGGAGAGGGUUGUGUUGGGUUGAGUUGAGGAGGGCUGCAUACAUGAGGAGGAUGAGGUGGUAUGGUAAUGCAAUAUUCAGAGCAGGCUUCAGCUUAAGCUUGGCACAUGCAGUAUAACAUAAAACUUUUGGGCUCUCCCUGAAAGAGUUAUGGGAUUUUAUGUCUUGUGAAAUACAUAAUAUGUUAGUUACGCAUGACUGAAACAUACAUAACAUUAAACUUUUUGUACUUUCUACUUAGACACUUGUGAAACCAGCAUGGAUGAUAAUUGAUUGGGUUCCACAAAGCAGCUGACACUCCAGUGGAUCACAGCCUGUGCAGCUUUGAAAAUAUAUACAAUUUGCAAUCUCCUCUCACUUAUAUAUCGACGGCCAGUGCAACAUUGGUAUGUCUACUUAAUACUUAGACACAACUUGUGAAAUCUUGCUUCACUGGUGUAGUGUUCAACUGCAGGAUGGGAAUGAUCAUUCUAGCAGAGCUUUUUUUGUACAUAGCUGGUGGUAGGUCUUGCCUGCUCACACCAAUACCACACCCAGCAAGAUUAUUCCUAUAUUUUCACAGGACACAUUUUUGUAAGGUUGAUCAUAAAAAAAAAAAAAAAGAAAAAUUCAGAAAAUGUGUGAAAAGUCAAUUUUUGCAAUCACCCAGCCAGCCAACCCUCUCCCCGCCUAGUCCCCAGGUGUCCCCGUCAAAAUUCUGUGGACACAAAGCCUCGCAUCUUGACGCAAAAUGUGUGGAAGUUGCAAAUCAGCCUCUUUGCCUUACCCUGUUGCCGAGGUUAGCUGGUCUUACUUUUGGAAGGCCCCUGCAGUGUUUUGAGCUGCACUAAUGUACUGUACUCAAAAAACAUUAGCCCUCAGUUGAGUAUGUAGUGAAAUUCUUAAUGAUAAUGAAAAAAGGUUGAAUUCUUUGUCAAAAUUUUGUACGGCAAAACUGGGAAAACGGACUUGGAUUUGGGAGUUCAUGUCUGAGCAGUCCCAAGAAGUCUGAUGGAGCCAUGGUGCUAGCUAGGGCCCUGCUGCGUACUGGCUGUGCUUCAUGCAGGGCUUCUCCCAUCUGAACCUGAAAGUUAGCAACAGACAUCCCGUGAAUAGUCCUGACGGGAUCCUGGAUGCAGCCUGGCAGGGUGGGGAGGUCCCUUCCCUCACCUCCUCCCAGCCUCCUGAUGGCAGUGGACAUGUGGUGACCUUCACAGUUGCCCUAAGUAGUGUUGUCAUGUUUGGUGUAGUGUUUCAGACCUAAAUCAGUCAGGUACCUUCAUCCAUCACAUCACAUUCUUGGUCUUUACUGGGUAAUAUAAGUCCAUGCAUUAGUUUCCAUUCAAUUUAGAAACACAAAAUUUGCUGAACUUUGUGAUGUCACUCCUUGGGGCAACUGUGUGUUCGUCUCUCCCAUGGUGACAGUGUGAGAAGAACCACAUGAAGGAGAAACAAGUCCCUGUGAUAGUGACUGGCUGCUGAGUGCAAUAAAAGAAAGCUGCUGAUUGGUGAUGGUAGUGUGACCCUCCAGUGAUGGUGGUGAACCCCCGAGGGCACCACACACCUAUUUUUUAUCCUUAUCUAUAUGCAUGGGAAAUUUGUUACGUUUGGGGGAACCUUGUGCUGCUACACCCAACCAAUAUUUUGUGUGUUGUUUGUGAAAAAAGGUUAUAUAUAUUUAAUUGAACAAAGCAUUAGUUCUGUUGAUUUUUUUUUUUUUAGGAGAACCUGAAGCUGCAUCCAGUUCUUGGUUUAUUUUCAUGAUGUGACCGAAGCAUCUAAAAGUGAGACAUUGGUAUGUGCAUGUUGAUGGACUCUGCAUCGUACCCUGUGCUCAGCUGGUGACUUCUCUGUGUACUAUUGUACAGAGUCGAUUUAUGGACAUUUCUGACAGAGUAACCUUACUUGCUUGAGUUCAGGAAAAGAGGUGUUAUGCCCAGAACUUGUAUUUUUGAAAAAGUUAUGUGUGCUAAGGGAGUAGAAUCUGUCAACCAACUAGGAAUUUAUCCAUCAAGAGACUUAAUAUGGACACAUUGCAAAGUGGAGUCAGAGUAAUGAGUAGUUCGUAACCAUUAACACUAUCCACCCUCAAGGCUGAGUGAAUAUCAGUACAGUAGUGUAAGAAGAUAACAAGUGAGAGUCUUCCAAGGUCAUUUUAAUUCAAUUUGAAGCUUAUAAACAACAAAUUAAAAUGUCUUUUUGCAGCUGCAUGAGAAUAUAUACUUUUUUAAUCAUCUCUUGUACUGAUAUCACUGAGAUGACAACUCCAAGGGAACAAUAAGAUACUUUAAACUCUGCACUUGGGCGUGGCUGGAGUCCUGGAGAACAAGAGUGGAGCUUCAUAAAGUAGAUGUUCUCAUGUGGCUACAAAACAUAUCAUGUAAUUGUUUCAAAGGAUGAAAUUCAAGAGUCCUGAAGUGACAAGGUUGAAAGUCGCAAGGGUGUUAUCCAGUCUUGUAAUGGUGGGUUUCUAAAGGUGAUAUGGAUUUAUUAGACACAAAUUAAUAGUAGUUCAGGUGUGAUAGGCAGAUUCAACUGGGUUCAGAGUAAGCGGUUGAAUUUGGUGAAUCUUUCAGGCUGUUUUGUGCAUCUUAAUCCAGAUGAGUCGAAACCUUCCUUAUUUAUCUGUGACUGUAAUGAGACGGACUGUAGAAAGAAUUAAUUGUUAAAGUUUUAAGGUUUGGGCUUUGAGAACUUUAGUCCAUGGGAGUUUUCAGACUGACUGUAUGGAAGAUGGAUGAAUUAUCAUCUAUGAGACUGGCUAUAAGAAAAAAAAAAAUUGUAGAAAAGUUAUUGUCUUAAGGUUCAGGCUUUGAAAAUUUUGCCCAUGGGAGUUUUCAGACUGACUAUAUUAUGGAAAGUGGAAGAAUUAUUGUCAUUUUGGAGGUGGGGGAGAACAUUUUGCCCAUUCAUGUCUGACAGCUUUACGAGAAGUGUUAGAAUUGUUGUGUGAGGCUUCUGAAGGUCUUGUCUUAAUCUUUUUUUUUUUUUUUUACACUAUUAUAGAAGAUGGUAAGAUUAUUGUUACUUUUUUGAGGUUGGGCUACCAAAGAAAAUAUUGGCUCUUUAUGAAUAUUUUUUUUUAUUUAUGGGACUUUAUUUAGGACUAGAAAUGUUAAAACAUUGUCUUCAGGUUGUGACGAAAUUUCUCUCUCUCUCUCUCUCUCUCUCUCUCUCUCUCUCUCUCUCUCUCUCUCUCUCUCUCUCUCUCUCUCUCUCUCUCUCAUGCAUGUAUCAUCCAUUUAUAAAUAUUCUUUGGUUAGGAAACAGUUAAGUGAUUAAUGGUGCAGACAGGAAAUGGGGAGAGGGAAUGCAUGGGUCUGUGGGCACUUAAUGGGGGAGCAGUGGGAACAAAUGAGGCUGUACAUUAUUAAAGGUAGCGAUAUACAAUGGGGGUAAUAUGAAUGGGAUGUUUACUACUAAUUAAGACAAGCAAAAAAAAAAAAAAGUAUAAUUUAACAAGACUUCUUAUUACUACUACUGAUAUGCACAUAUCUAUACUGACUUUGAUAAUAGUGUGUACUUAUGUUAGCCUAGUUAUUUUUUCAGCCUUUAGUUUAUUGUGUACUGUUUUGACUGUGCUUGUUUAUUUUAUUAUUAUUAUUAUUAUUAUUAUUAUUAUUAUUAUUAUUAUUAUUAUUAUUAUUAUUAUUAUUAUUAUUAUUAUUAUUAUUACUUCCCCUCAACGCAUCACGGAGGGAGAAGAUUGAAUAAAGAUUUGUCACACGGAAACAGAACAGAGGGUUGAGUAACUAUACAUGCAUGCACACACGCCGAGCAAUGUGUGUGUGUGCGUGUGUCUGUGUGUGUGUGAGCGUGUGUUUGUGCGUCGGUGGACAGUAACCAUCCCUCACAUACACACCCUCGGUAAUGUUCACAGAAUAAUUAAUAUAUACUGUAUAUCGCAUAUUUUCCA